AUAGACCUUUCCUGUAUUGUGUAAAGACAGGAUCUCUUUGGGAAGAUUUACACAGGGAUACAAACGUGACCAGAAACAGUGAAAGAAUAAUUGAAAUAGUGGACAAAACUUUUUUGGAGGGUGAAAAGAUGGCUCCAGAAGACAUGAUGUUUUCCUACAGAGGUAUUUCAUACCCAUCUACAAUUACCAGUCCAGAGACUUUGGAAGCUCUGAAAUCCUUUGAAGCCAGGGAUGAUGAUGUGAUUCUAGUAGGUUAUCCUAAAACAGGAACCAAUUGGCUUGAACAAAUGGUGAAGGAGUUGGCAGAUGCCAGAUAUACAGAAGAGGAAAUGAAAGAGAGAAUAAAUGCUGAAAAGAAGCUAGAGACAUUUCAGCGUCUAGAACUGGGGGAUCCCGGAGUAUAUGAGAUCCUUGUGCUGGUUCGGAACCCCAAGGACACGGCUGUCUCCUAUUACCACUUCAGCAACAACCUGCCACUUUCGCCGUCCUUCGACUCCUGGGAUGAGUUCUUUGCAGACUUCAUGAAUGGCAAAUUGGCCUGGGGAUCCUACUUUGACCACCUAGCGGAAUGGAACAAAUACAUUGACAACGAGAGGAUCAUUACAAUAAGCUACGAGGAACUCAAAGAGGACCCGAUACUGGGGAUGAAAAAGAUUGCUUCCUUCUUUGGGUUUUCACUGUGUGAGGAAGAUUUUUCCAGAAUUGCCAAGAAGACUUCUUUCAAAGCUAUGAAAGAGAAAUGUGGUGAAACCCAUGGAAAGUUUGGGGACGCCCUCUUCAGGAAAGGGGUUGUUGGAAACUGGAGAGACGUCUUCUCUGAAGCUCAGAAUGAAGAAAUGUACCGGAAAUUUCAAGAUUCUCUAGGAGGAACAAAGAUGGCAGCAAAGAUAAAAUAUGAUGUAUACUGCAAGGCCUGAAAAUAAGCUGAUGAAUAGGAUAACAGCAAGUUGUGUUCCAAAGGUGAUUCUCCAAAGGUGUAUAGUCCCCAUUUUUCCUUCCCAUGAGAGAAGAGAGAAACCCCUCUGAGAACUACCCAGCAUCUCCAAGAAUUUGGUGGGUAAUUCUCAGGUGUGUCCAGGGUCUAGAACCUGUGCUUUGAUUGAUGUAACCAAAUAAAAUGUGUGUAUACCUUAA